AUGAAUUUCCGAGUGCUGGCGUAUUCAAGAAGGUAUAUGUUUUCACCGACCAGCCUGCGACCACCAGCACGGAAUCGUUUGAAUCAGAUGGCUUCGCAUCUUUCGACAGCCGGGAUCUGUUCCUUGGCUGACUUGCCAAGAACCAAUGUAUUCACGUCUAAGAUGCCCCCAGAUCCAGCCUUUGAUACCCCGGAAUCCUCGCACAAAGCGCCGCGGGAAAGUUUAGGGCCUCGAAUGGUCAAGGGAGCUCUGUUUACUUGGGUCCGCCCGGAGCCGACUGACGAACCAGAGCUACUAAGCGUCAGUAUGAAGGCGAUGAGAGAUUUGGGAUUGAAGCCAGGCGAGGAGCGCACGUCACAGUUCAAGGCCCUGGUCGCAGGCAACGAGAUUUUUUGGAAUGAGGAAAAGGGUGGAAUCUAUCCAUGGGCCCAGUGUUAUGGAGGGGGAGUCAAGAAGACUGACAUGUACAGGGUGGCAAUUGUAAGCCAUAUAAAAGCUCGAGAUGCAUCAUUCAAACUGACAAUACAUAGCGGUUCAUGGGCUGGACAACUUGGAGACGGGCGUGCAAUCAGCCUCUUCGAGUGCACCAACCCGCAGACCAAUACACGAUACGAGUUGCAACUGAAAGGGGCAGGCAGAACCCCCUAUUCACGUUUCGCAGACGGCAAAGCUGUCCUCCGGUCAAGUAUCCGUGAAUAUGUGGUCUCAGAGGCUCUUUCCGCCCUUGGUAUACCAACUACGCGGGCACUUUCAAUCACCUUAGCACCCAAAGCUAAGGUACUGCGAGAGCGUAUUGAGCCGGGGGCUAUUGUUGCAAGGUUUGCCGAGAGUUGGUUGAGAAUUGGCACCUUUGACCUUCUUCGUGUUCGCGGAGAUCGUGAGCUGAUCAGGAAGCUUGCGACAUAUGUCGCUGAAGACGUUUUUGGCGGGUGGGAGUCUCUCCCCUCCAUUAUAUCGCUGCGUGAUCAGCAGUCGUCCUCGCAAAUUGAUAACCCCCCAAGGGGUAUUCCUGGCGACCAAGUGCAAGAGCACCAAGAUGUACAGGAGAAUCGAUUUGCUAGACUGUACCGAGAAAUCGCUCGCCGCAACGCAAAAACAGUGGCCGCGUGGCAAGCAUAUGGUUUCAUGAAUGGAGUGCUGAAUACUGAUAACACAUCGAUCUAUGGAUUGUCGCUAGACUACGGCCCAUUUGCAUUCAUGGAUAACUUCGAUCCCCAGUACACCCCGAACCAUGAUGACCACAUGCUGCGAUACGCCUAUCGUAAUCAGCCCAGCAUUAUCUGGUGGAAUCUGGUUCGACUGGGAGAGUCAUUGGGUGAGCUGAUCGGGGCCGGAAGUCGGGUGGACGACGAGAACUUUGUGAACGAUGGUGUGACGGAGGAUUUCGAACCGGAACUAAUCAAACGCGCCGAGACCAUCAUCGAGCGCGUGGGUGAAGAAUACAAAGCGGUCUUCCUAAACGAGUACAAGCGCUUGAUGAGCCGGAGGCUAGGACUCAAGACACAGGCCGAUUCUGACUUCCAAACCCUCUUUUCGGAGAUGCUGGAUACCCUUGAAGCACUCGAACUAGAUUUCAGUCACUUCUUCCGUCGGCUUUCGGGGCUGCCAAUAUCCAGAUUGGAGACGGAAGAAGACCGAAGAGAAGCAGCGUCAGUGUUCUUCCAUGCGGAAGGCUUCGGUGGCAUCGGAUACACCGACGCUACAGCUAGGGAUCGCAUUGCCAAAUGGCUUGAUAGCUGGCGGGCUCGCGUCCUGGAAGAUUGGGGGCCUGCCAACGACGAGGAAAGACAACGGGACAUGAAAUCGGUCAACCCCAAUUUUGUGCCUCGAGGGUGGAUUCUCGACGAGGUUAUCGAGCGCGUUGAGCGCAAAGGCGACCGAGAUAUUCUGGACCGGAUCAUGCGAAUGGCUCUGAAUCCAUUCAACGAUGAAUGGGGUCUCCACAAGGAAGAAGAAGAGCGUUUCUGUGGAGAUGUCCCCAAGUACAAGAGGGCUAUGAUGUGCAGUUGCAGCUCGUAA